ACAGGCCGGCCCAGGCGCCCAGCCCGCCUGCCGGCCGAUCUAAACGUCCUCCGCUUUCGCCUCCGCCACCGCCGCCUUUCUCGCCUUCGCGCCUCCUCCACCGCCGCCUUUCUCGCCUUCGCGCCUCCUCGACCGCGUCGUCCCGUGAUAUCGCCUCCCCUGGCAGAUUCGCCAAUCACAUUCGAGCUUCCAGUUGGAGGAGAUCGGCUACGUUUCCUGUAGGUUCCAAUGGUGCAGCUUCCGGGCUCCAAGAAGCGGCACGCCGAGAUGGCCACGGCGGCGACCGUGAAGGCGGAGGUGGAGGGUUUGGGCUGCGGCGAUGGUUCUCCUCACAAGCAUGUCAAGCCAAUGCCGCAGCCGCCGCCGCAGCCGCCACCUCCCGAGGACUUGCCCUUUGAUGUGCUUGAUGGACCUAGCCCAUUGGGUCUGCGACUAAGAAAAAGUCGAUCUCUGGUGGACCUUAUUCAAUGUAAGCUUUUUCAGGAUAAAUCUGCCCAUGAACAGUUUGAUGGGCACAACAAUGUUUCUGAUACACCCAUGAAGAAAGAGGUUAGAUCUGGGGCUCCAACAGCUGGUGAACGGAUGAAAGCUUCAAAUUUUCCUGCAAAUGUUUUGAGAAUUGGUAGUUGGGAGUACAUUUCUCACUACGAAGGUGAUUUGGUCGCAAAGUGCUACUUUGCAAAGCAUAAGCUUGUUUGGGAGGUCCUACAUAAUGGUCUCAAGAGUAAGAUAGAAAUUCAGUGGUCGGACAUUAUUGCUUUGAAGGCAACCUGCCCAGAGAAUGAACAAGAAGGGGUCUUAGAUCUAGUGUUGGCUCGCCCGCCACUUUUCUUCAAAGAAACUGAUCCUCAGCCAAGGAAACAUACACUAUGGCAGGCUGCAUCAGAUUUUACUGAUGGACAGGCAAGCUCCAAAAGGAGACACAUCUUGCGGUGCCCCUCGAGUUUGUUAAGCAGGAAUUUUGAAAAGCUCAUUCAAUGUGAUCAACGUCUACGUGAAUUGAGCCAGCAGCCAGCUGCCAUAUUGCAAAACCCAGGUUUUGAACCUAAGCGAUCUAUUUUUCAAAAUCCAAAUGAAUCGAAGGACUGCCUUGAUAUUGGUGGCUUGAAGUUUGAACAUAAAGCUACUUUGCCCAAGUUCACUGCUCCCCUCUCAACACGUGUCUUUUCAUCACUGUCCAAUAAUGUUGGACGACCAAUAAACAUAGGAUUUGGUGCUGGACAUUUUGGGGGCAAUGUUCCUGAAGAAUCAAAGAAUUGCAAUCAAUGGAAUCAAUUGAUAGUGCCUGGAUUGGAGGCACUGCAAGGUGAUGAAAGGAGUGCAGGUGGUCCUCCUUUGACAACUAACGAUGCAAUUUCCAAAAAAGCCUGGGAAGAUCUUGUUCAACACCUUUUCAGCGACACACCGAGUCUGCCAGCCUUAGAUGAUAAUAAUUUGACGUCAAGGGUUGACUCCCUUUACUCGUUGCUUGAGAAAGACACAGCUCCACCCGCCAUGCGCGACCCUGAAUGCAGUAGUGAUGGUGGGGACAUCGGCGCAAUCCAAGUGGAUUCUGAUGGCUUUAAGGGGAGGCUCGACCCAUCGCCUCCAGGAAUUUCCAGAAACGAUUCUCUCGAUGAGCUGCUUCUGAACCUCCCCAAAAUAGCUUCUAUUCCACAGUUCUUGUUCAACAGGACAGAAGAUUCUGAUGAAUAAAGCGCGCAGUCAACUUGUGGUCUUCAACCCUAGGACUAAAGCAGCAAAUUGUGAAUAUGAGCAAUGAGUCAGCGACGCUAGGAUUCUAUUCUACUUCUUCCCCGUAGAUAAUUCAGUAGAUUGGUGCAGCAAAAACGUCUGCUCAUUAUUUCACUAGCUGAGAAACUCCACAUGCAACAUUGGAAUAACAUUUUGUUUACGUUUGGAUGGCAUUUUAAAUACUACUCUUUUCCUUGUCGGA